AUGUGGAGCAAACAGAAGCCAUCAGUGGAGCAUCUGAGAAUCUUUGGCUGUGUAGCGUUUGCUUUGGUGCCAUAUGAGAGACGGAUUAAGCUUGAUGAGAAAAGCAUCAAGUGUGUGAUGUUUGGAGUUAGCAAGGAGUCAAAAGCUUAUCGUCUGUAUGAUCCCGAGACAAAGAAGAUAUUGAUAAGCAGAGAUGUUCACUUUGAUGAGAAUAAAGACUGGAAUUGGGAAGUCAAUCUGCAGAGCAAUGAGCUGUCAUGGGAGGAAGUGAUGACAGAGACUGAGAGAGAAGUAGUCGAUGCUGCAGAUGAUCACGAGAAUCAAGCAGAGACAGAAGAUGGAGAAGAAAACCAAGAAGAUGAUAAUGCAGAAGAAGAAGUUGCAGAGGAGGAAGAAGAAGAGGAAGUCGUUCCAUCACCGGUGAGAGGAGGAAGACAGAGACAAGCACCGGUGUGGAUGAAAGAUUAUGUUGCAGGAGAAGCGAACUUGGUCAUAACAGAAGAGGAAGAUGAAAUCUUUGCUCUGUUUCUGCAACACGAUGAUCCAGUUACAUUUGAGGAUGCAGUACAAGAUGAGGUGUGGAGAAAGGCAAUGGAGGCUGAAAUCAAGAGCAUCGAAGAGAACAAUACAUGGGAGCUGAUGGAGUUACCAGAAGGAGCAAAAGUCAUUGGCGUUAAAUGGGUUUUCAAAACCAAAUUUAACGAGAGAGGAGAUAUUGACAAAUUUAAGGCGAGACUUGUUGCUAAAGGGUAUCAUCAGAAGCAUGGAGUCGACUUUCACGAAGUCUUUGCUCCUGUGGCUAGGUGGGAUACUAUCAGAUCGAUCCUCGCUUUAGCUGCAGAAAAUUGA